GUUAAUUUUGGAUUAGAUUGUUGUCAAUCUAUUGCCAAGAACAAAGAUAUUGGAGUGGUCCUUGCCUGUUAAUCACGCAAAGAAUUGCCGGGUAAUGAAGUCCGCUAUCGGCGAAGUCAUAUCCUUAGCCGUACAUAUUUCGGAAGUAUCUAUCGCUCCACCAUCCACAGUGGCUGCACUGAAUAUGUUACGAGCUAUCUAACAUAAUCAAAAAAUGGCACCUACGAAAACUGCUCGAUGGAUCCUCAGGGCUCAAACUGGCCUUGAUGGCCUUGUUUAUCAAGAAUCGUCACCAAUACCAGAAGUCAAGGCUGAUGAAGUACUCGUAGAGCUUCAUGCGGCGUCGCUCAACUAUCGAGAUUUGGUAGUAACUAAGGGUGGAUCCGGUUCAAGCAUUCCCAAUGUUAUCCCAAGCUCAGACGGUGCUGGUAUUGUACGGGCCGUUGGCAGUUCUGUCACAGGUUUUGAAAUUGGAGACAAAGUCUGCACCCAUCUUGCCCCCUUUAUCGCAGACGACCAAUGGCCAAACUUUGGCAAUAUCACGGCUGGCUUGGGCCAGCAGGUCAACGGCACGCUUACUGAGUAUGGCGUCUUCCCGCAGACGGCAAUUGUGCACAUGCCAAAUAAUUGCAGCUUUGCGCAGGCAGCUACUUUGACCUGCUCGGCUUUAACGGCAUGGAAUGCACUGUUCGGUCUUCAGGGUAGACAGCCAAAAAAGGGGGACUGGGUUCUUACACAAGGCACCGGGGGUGUUUCAAUAGCGGCUUUGCAGUUCGCAGUCGCGGCUGGUGCGAAUGUAAUCGCUUCCACUAGCAGCGAUGAAAAAGCCGAGCGGCUGUUGGCCCUAGGUGCCAGCCACGUUAUCAACUACAGACAAACACCACGCUGGGGUGAGGUAGCCAAAGGUAUGACUCCAGGCAAGCAGGGGGUGGACAUUGUAGUGGACGUCGGUGGCGAGAACACUUUAGGAGAAUCAAUGAAGGCGGUCAAAGUCAAUGGCUUGGUUGUUGCAGCUGGACUGGUAGCUGGCACAGUUGAGAACGAGAAACCUGCCCUAAUUGACACCCUCUGGAAUCUGUGUAUUGUUAGAGGAGUGUUGCUUGGGACGCGAAAUCAGUUCAAGGAGAUGAAUCGGUUUGUGGAAGUAAAGGGUAUUGACUUGGCGGUUGAUGAAAAGGUCUUUGACCUAAAGGAUGCACGCAGGGCCUAUGAACGACUUCAGCAGCAACAGCAUUUUGCAAAAGUUGUGAUUAGGAUCAGAUAAAUAAAUUGGAGAUCAGAAUGCUCCGCGCCUGAUCAGAUCCCGAUAUCUUGUGGGCUCGAACUAGUGGCACGUACUACCCGUGGGUGAGAGCUGCCUUGGUUAGCCUCGGUGCCUCAACCUCGGUCAAAUUUCA